GUGCUGAGCUUGGAGUAACGGAUCAUAUUGUAUCACCGAGACCAGCACGUGGCGUCUUAGACUGGGCCAUAUAAUACAUCACUGCAAUAGACCCGGUCAGUCGUCCGUUAUCAUGGUUCCGUUGUUUGACCAAGCUGAUAUCAAUAUCAGCAUCACACUGCAGUUCGACAACUAUGCUUUCUUCGCUAUAGCAUGUCUUUGGGUUUAUGACUUCGCUCUCACCCUCGAUAAAGAUGUCGCGUUCGUACUGGACGCUCCAUGGCGAAUACCCAAACUAACCUAUCUUACUUGCCGAUACUUACCAUUUGCGUUGAUCAUUGCCCAUAUGAUUCGAAUUUCAGAGCCUGGACUUUCCCUUAAGGUUUAUCGUUAUCCUUGUAUGUUCCUCUUAAAGCUCAAUGAAUUUCAGUCCUGCACAACUUUGUUUGCGUUCAGCGUAUAUGUUGGAGGAAUUGUAAUGGUUUGUGCAGAAGCACUUUUUAUGCAGAGGGUUUGUGCGGUAAUGGGUCGCAGAUGGCUGAUAACGUGUUGCAACGUUUUGCUCUUCCUGGUCCCAGUGGCGGUGACAUUUACACUAACCCACUCUUCUGCCAUAAUCACGCAGUCACCUAUUCCAAAAUUUGCAAGUUGCUAUGACAGCAAGCAGAGUCGCAUUGUCAUUGUAGCCUACGUUUUGCUUGUCAUCACAGAAAUAGAAAUCCUCAGUUUCAUGUUAUACCAUUCAUGGAAGCUUUAUAGAGAACACGGAAACGAUAUGCCUCUUGUACGGGUCCUGGUCAGACACAACAUGUUUUACUUUGCCUGUGGGCUUUUAUUUUCCACCACGGUCGUGAUCGUCGUGGUUACUCUUCCCGCAUCGUACGGAGAUGUGGCAUCAGUUUUCCAGAUCGUAAUACACGGAAUACUAGCGACACGCAUGCACCGCGAGCUGUACAACACAGCUCAUCACACUGAAGAGACUUCCACCAGGAAUAUGUCCCUUCCUCUUGUUUUUGCACCAGCUUCGUCGGGAUUAUAGAGGUCCUUCUCAUUUUUACCCUAGAGAAUAUUAGACCAAUAAUUUUUAGACGUGAUCCCCUUUCCUACAACCCAUAAACCCACUGAGUUGUUUGCAUUGAAC